AUGGAGGAGAAGAGGGUGGUGGUGAGGGCGAAGAAUUUUCUGCCGAUGAUGCUGCUUGUGGCGGUGGCCUCGUCCGCCAUUCCUUCUUCCUCGUCGCUGCGGGAUCCGUUCCUGGGUCUCCCCAUCGGAGGUAACGAGAAAGUGUAUACUUUUUUGUAUUAAUAUUAUUGAACUUUUAGACUAAUGAGACCGUUUCUCGCUCUUAUUUUCUUUCUAAAUAAAGAAUAUUAUUUUUCUAUAUAUAUUUUGUGCUAAAAUACUUUCCAUCUGGGCUGAUGAGACGACCCCCCUUUUUUCUCCUAUUUUCUUUCCGAGUUUAGUGCAUAGAAACAGAGGCCUCUUCGUCUCAUUUACCUCCUAAAAGGGGUUUUAUACGUAUCAAAGAGAUGUCAAAAAGAAUGGUUUGGCUGCCAACUAGGCACCCACGAUGGCAUGCCACAGCGGCGAAUCUGAUUCCUCUUGCUGACCAGGCAGAAGUCACCCUCUAUGGGGACUGACGUCCUUGAUCUCUCGUCGAAGCAGUCACUCCUCAUACUUGAGUGACUCCUCUGGUAAGGUGAUAUAUUCUGAAAAAAAAGAAAAGGAAAGAAAUCUUGUUUCUCAUUGCAAAAAAGUCAAACUUUUCUUAUUAAACCAUCGGUCUUAAAUGAGACGGCCAACUCGGCGCCCGUCAUGGAAUGCCACGUAAAAGCAAAUCGCAUGGCUUUCAAUGACGUGGCAAGACUGAGUCAGUCACCCUUGCAUGGCCAACCUCUUCAAUCUGAUGUCCCAAUGAUGACAAGCUCUGCACGCAUUCAUAUAGAGUCUAUUUUCAAUAAAGGGUAAUAAAAUCCAAAAAAAAAAAACCCGUUCUAGGUUCAUUUAUUAGAUGAUAAAUCUUGUAGCAUGUAUGACCUACAAAAAAAAAGAGGUCAAAUUGUAUGGAAACUUGAGGGGUUUAUUUAUUUAUUUAUUUAUUUAUGAGUUGCACUGCCAAUUAGACACCUAUUUUACAUGUGGCAUGCCACGUAGGCAAAAUAUCAUAUAUUUCGGUGACAUGGCAGGAAUAUGUCAGUCACUCUUUGGAUGGCCAGCCUCUUCAUCUCAUGUCUCAUUACUGACCCAUGAUAAAAUAUGGCUUCUAAAACCCUUUGCAUUUUGAGUCUCCUUCUAAAGAGAUGACAAAUCCCAAUAAAAUAAAAUAAAAUAAAAACCUACUGGGUCUACUACCUUCAGAUGAUGACUCAUUUAUGUGCAUGUGGUGAUGGUCAACCGUAGACGGCGACGAUGCGCUGGGCAGCGGCAUGAAUUGCUGCAACGAGUGCGUCUGCGUUGACCCGUGGUGCGUCUGCUCGGACCGCUCCCGUUUCGGCUGCUUCAAGGGCUGCGGCUUCUGCCAGUGCUACGACAAGCCGGAGAGGACCUGCUACUGCGUUGACGUCCUCAAGAAGUGUCCCCCGCCCUGCAUCCUCACGCCCGAUGGCCCCUCACCCCCGCCGGUGGGUGGCUGGUAG